AUGCCACAUCGUCCAUCUAUUGGCCUUCUGCUGUAUUAUACGAACGAGCGCGUUGAGUCACUGGGACAGGUUCACUGGGGCCUCGACCUUACGCAUGAUGCCCUUGCACCCAUCUAUACAUCCUAUACUUGGCUGGAGUCUGAAGCUAGUACAUUGCAGAAAACACCCCAACUUGGGACUCUUGUUUGGUGGUUUGGCGAUUUGGGGGAUAAGGUUGUUAUAUAUACCGAUCCAGAGCUCUGA